AACUCCAGCAGUUUCUCAUCUUCAAGGCUCUCCAGUAACGACAGGUAACAUCUGAUCACAAAAUCUAAAUGUUUGCUGCUGUUGAAUGAAAGGGAAAGAUUAGAAGAAGUCUGAGCAGAACAACAGUCCUAACUGUGUUGUUUGUCACCUACAGCUGUCAAGAUAAGCAUGAAGACCCUACUGGCAAUCCUCCAAACGGCACUACUGCGAUUGAACAGUGAGCAGAUUCCUGCAUUCAUGUUAAAGUCCCUCUUUAGGAGGAUUUUUUGAUCUGUUGGAAAAGCAUUCCUAGUGAUCUUUUAAUUAGGAUUUUACCAUUUUCAGACAAAAAAAAAAGAAAAACGUUUUUUUUCCCCAGCACAUUUUUAUUUCAGUUGUCCAUAAACAAAAUUUCUUUAGAGUGGGUCAUCAAGUGAAUCAGUGAUAAAGUAUAAAUGAUCUAUUAAUGUCUUCUCUGUUCUUCACUUUCCUGCAUUUAACAGGUGUAACGUCUUGAAAUCUGCACCGUUCUCCUCCUGUAACGCCGAUGUUGACCCUCAACCAUACAUAAUGGCUUGCAAUGAAACUCUGAGCAAAUAUCCUGAUGUGGAUGGUCUCAGGUGUCAGUUCCUGGAGGCCUACGCUAAAGCCUGCAGCUGGAAAAGCCAAGCUAACCUGCAGAACUGGGAGACAGAAGCACAGUGCUGUAAGAGCCGAUUACCUUUACUUCAAAUGAACUUUCUAAGUUUUGAGAGUUAACUUUCCUGCAUCUCUCUUUAGCCAAUUCUACGGUCAUGUGUGAGAGCAAAACCUGCAGCGAUCAUGAGUUCUGUGGUGAAAUCAACGGCAUCACUGGAUGUCUCUGUAGAGCAAAUUUUGCUUCUCAAUACAAAAACUCAAUCACUUUUGGUAAGUCACCUUUGAAAUCUACAGAAGAAGAUUCAAAGAGUAGAAAAUGUUGCUUAAACAUGUGUCAUUGUUAUUCAGGUGGCCCAACUGUCUGUGAGCACAACUCGGCUUCUGUUACUCUGGUGGGCUGUCUUCUGGAGGAAAGAGGGAUCGACUACUCUCUCCUAGGUCUUCUGGAUAAAACUUGCGAGGGUCAGAUGGAUGAAAAGACUCACAUGGUGACCUUUAACUUCACCAGCGACAGUUGUGGGACAAUAGUUACUACCAACAACAGCCAGGUCAUCUUUACAAAUGCUGUUACCCUGAAAAACGAGAUCACUCGAAAGGACCAUGCUUACAUUGAGUUCUCUUGCAUCUACAAAAAGCCAGAAGUGAACCACGUGGCCUUCAGGAUCCAAGACAGCCCAGUGGUUCAGAGAGUAACAUCUGGAACCUGGAAUCACACUGUGACAAUGAAGGCGUUUGCUGAUGCCUCUCGCACUCAAAUGUUGGACCCAAGCCAUAAAGUGAGACUCAACCAAAAGGUCUGGGUGGAGCUGAAGAGCAGUGGUCUGGAUGAAAACUUGAUCUCCAUGGUGACCGACUCUUGCUGGGCAACAAAUCAGCAGUCAUCUGAAAGCACUCAGAAAUACUUUCUGAUUCAGAAUGGGUGUGCAAAUUUGGCUGACCAGACCGUCCAAGUGGAAAGAAAUGGAGAUGGGAUUCUGAACUACUUCUCCUUCAACAUGUUCAAGUUUAAUGAUGAGUCUGGAGAUGUGUAUCUUCACUGUAAACUGCAGCUGUGUCUCAAGCAGGAGGGCAACUGCAUCCCGGAAUGUUCUUCUCAAGGCAAAAGAAGACGCAGAUCAGCCAAAUACAAUAAGAAAGAUACCGCGUUCCUGAGCAUGGGUUGGAGUACUUAAACACCUUUUCCAGAUUUGUGUGAACGUUUUAAUGUCAAGUGGUGAUGACUUUCCUUUCAUUUUAAACAUGAAUACCUGGAACAAUCAGUUAAAAAGAAAAGAAAAAAAGGAAGUCGGAAAAAUGUCUUAUUUUGAACAGGGAUGCAGGAAUUUCAUAGAGAGUACAAUUUAACCUUUUCCUUUUACCUUUAUAAUUUUGUUGCUGCGGUGAUGUGGAUUUAGGGACUAGCCAAAAUCUGGAUUCUGAGCCCUGGAUUGGGCUCGGUCCUUUCCUGAUUCAGAAUCCAGAAGAUCUUUUACCAUCCUACUGGUUUUUUGUUGACCUCUGAUGAAUUGUUCUAAUGGAAAAACAAUAUACUCUCUUAGAUUUUUUACUAUUGGUGCAAAAAGGUUUAUGGGUGACAUUUGACUAUUACUAAACAUUUAUAUUCUUCUUAAGUUCUGUAAAAUAAUUAAAAUGUUAAUCACUGUUUUUCUCUUUCUUGUGUUUUGUCCGUUUUUAACUUUCUAUUUAUAUCGGAUAAUCUAAUAUAUGUAUAUUGUUCAUCAUAUCGGAUUAAACCAUUGCUUUAGUUAAGGAGUGUCAAAUUUGAGGCCAUCACCUAAAUAUUAAAGUUUAAUGUUUAAUUAAACUCGUGGGUCGAGUUUUGUAUCCCUUUUGGGGAUAUUGACCAUUGAAUCAGGGAAACAUUUAUGGCAGGAAACCUGAAACUCCACUCCUCAGGUAACAAGAACGAGAUCCUAACUUUCCUGACUAUUCACAGGUAAUUCUCUCAAUACAUGCAGCCAGUGCUGAACUUUAUUCUUCAUUUAUCAUAUAUCCAGACAUGCUCAAAAUGCUGACUUCAUAUGCAUCUCUGAUUGAUGACUAGCGCCGCUUAGAGGUGAAAAUAAAAACUAAAUUUUUCUGUGAAAUCAAAUUAACUUAAGUACAUUUUAUACAUUAGUUCAGCACUUGUUACGAUCUCCAAUAAACUGCAAAUUUCUUUUACUAAGUGCAGUUUGAAUUCAACUAUGAAAAUAUAAGAGUGGGUGGCUGGUUAUUCUAAAAUAACUUCCGACCAAAGUUAAAAUGUGCAUAAAAAUAAGACAAAAUAAUAAUAAUAAUAAAAGCUGUUAAUUAAUUAGAUUUGUCCCUCACUGAUUUGACAAUUUAAAGAGAAAACUUAAAAAAAA